UGGCCUUCUAACGUCGAAGAAUAAUCCACUGAUACACAAGUCUCGAAAUCUUCACAUGUUACAUCGAAUUCGUUCGAUCUUCCAUAAUUUUUUUAUUGGCACGCCUCGUACACAUAUCUUGGAGCAAAUUCAUAAUGAUAUAUCACAGUUGAAACCUUCAUGUUCUGCAUCGUGUAACUUGGCAGUUUUGGUCGGAACGCGGUGACUGCAAUGCUGGAUUAGAUAGAAACUGGCACUGGAUCUGUUCUCGCAAUUUUCUACAGCUUCUCGAGGACUAGUGAUUUUUUCAGUUAUUAUUUGUGCAUUUUGUGUUUCUUUUCGAUUUUUCGUUGAAUUCCGGUGGAAAUAUCAGUGCUGAAUGGCGAUGCAGAUCUUGGGAAGUGAUGAAUGAUGGAUACCAGGAAACCGACCGACUAACCAAGCAAACAGGCAGUCUUUAUCGAUUUCCUAUCGAUCAAACUUGCAGCUGGCGACGUUCGCCCAUUGUACGGAAAAUCGACUAGAAAAUCCCGGUUGAAACAGGAAAACUGCCGGUUGGAAAAUGAACUACGUCAACGCGUUUCUGCUCGGCAUCCUCACCAUUGUGAUAUCCUGGAUUUGUACCAGUGCAAAUGAUGAUUCUUCAAUGGAAAUCAACAGACACUGCCAGGGAAGGCAAGAUUGUCCAGAAUUUGGCUACUGGUGUGAUGGUAAUAUGACAUGCCAGUGUGCUGGCAUGUACAUAGCCAACACGGAUAAAACGAGAUGUCUUGGGGGUGUGAGGCAGAAAUGUUUGUACGACGAUGAUUGCAUAAAAAAUGCUUUCUGUGAAAGGCAAACAAUGUGCAGAUGUAAGAGAAAAUAUCACCCAUCAGACGGAGGCCUAGUUUGUAAAAUUCAAGUAGCAGAUGGAGUUACCCAGUCUUCCUCAAAUACGUUCCAAUAAUACUGCUUCUCUUCAGAAUCAGCUGAUCUAGAUCGAUUAAGAUCUGAAGCUCGAUCCGGGACCUGAAAUAUUAUCGAAGUUGUUACAACGAUGUACUUAAACUUGUAAAUAUUUGAUUUAAUUAAUACACAAAAUAUUUAUGUUAGAGCAGAUGAAUCCCAGAUGUUUAUAUUACUGCUGAAUUUCAUCGUUUUUCCUUUCUUGCAUCAAAGGGUUCCACAAAUUUCUGAUAUUAACGAUGAAAGAAGUUCUGCCAUGUGGCCGAGAAGCUCGGUCAGUGGCGUGCGGUCUCAUUCGAGGAUUUACCGCUAAAGUUGCCCGAUAAAAAAUGUAUUUCGAUUUUUUUACCAGUGAAUUUACCCAGUAGUUUUGGUCAGUGAUAUUUCGAAGCUUUUGUUCGAACAAGUCUUUAACAGUAAAGUUGUUGAUUGUAUUGUUAUUUUUCGCACAAAACUAACAAUUCCAUGUUUAAAUGUACACUUUUUUCAACCUUGUCGAAUGCAAUAAAAAAUGUAAAUAUCGUUGUUUAUACUUUGUUUGUCGUUCACAAUUGGCAUAAUAAAAUUACUGAAAUGAUCAA